AUGGAAUAUCACGAAAGCAAGAAAAAGAAGAAUGAACCAAGCAGUAGAAUCAGGACCAAGGAGCUGGAGGACCCCCCUGUAAAGAACGGGCCACUGAUGAAGGCCAGGCUGGUUCCUGGUUUUAGAGACUGCAGCCAUUCAUUGCCUCAGGUCUCCUCUGACAUGGGACACCAGUGCACCGAGACUCCCAAGAGGCCCUACCCCUGCCUGGAAUGCAGCCAUUCUUUCAGCUACCCCUCCCUCCUAGCCAGCCACCAGCGGGUCCACUCUGGGGAGCGGCCCUUUCCCUGUGACCAGUGUGGACGCUGCUUCCGCCAAAGAGGCAAUCUGGCUGUUCAUAUGCGCAUACAUACAGGGGAGAAGCCCUUCUCCUGCCCAGACUGUGGGAGGCUCUUUGCCUACCCCUCGAUGCUGGUCAGACAUCGGCGAAUCCACUCUGGAGACCGUCCAUAUGUCUGUGGGCCUUGUGGGGUUCAGUUCUCCCAGAGGGCUCACCUGGUCCAGCACCAGCUGCUUCAUACAGGGGACAAGCCUUAUUCAUGUCCGGAUUGUGGCCGCUGCUUCCGCCAGACGGGGGCCCUGGCCAUCCACAGACAUAGACAUGGUGGGGAGAAGCCAUAUGUGUGUACUGAGUGUGGGCGCCACUUUACACAUCCUUCGCUCUUGGCUAUCCACCAGCGCACCCACACGAGGAAGAAGCCCCAUAUCUGUUCUGACUGUGGUCGGGGCUUUGCCUACCCCUCCCUCCUGACCAAUCACCAGCGGGUCCACUCUGGUGAGCGCCCCUACCCUUGUGCACAUUGCGGUGCCCGUUUUGCCCAGCAAAAUAACCUGCUUCAGCAUCAGCUCAUUCACACAGGCGAAAAGCCCUAUGAGUGCCCUGAUUGUGGCCGCUGCUUCCGGCAGAGUGGCUCUCUGGCUAUCCAUAGGCGCACACAUACAGGGGAGAAGCCCUACUCCUGCCCUGAGUGUGGGCACCAAUUUACCUCUUCGUGUGUCCUCAACAGUCACAGGCGUGUCCAUUCUGUUGAGAGGCCCUUCCCCUGUUCCCAGUGUGGGAAAACCUUUAAACGAAAGAGUGCCCUGGAAGCCCACCAAUGGAUCCAUCGCACACGCAGGACAAGUCAGAGGGGCGCCGGACCUCUGUUACAACCUCCAGCCCGAGCUUCUGUCCCUGAGGGUCAGGAACCGUCAGUACACUUCCGGCAUUUUCCUGAUAUGUUUCAGUAG